AUGAAAUCGAACAAAUACAUACUCCCGAACCCUUCUGGGUCUCGGACACACGAGGCCUCGGACACGCCACAGAGCGAGCGGCUUAAACGGAGACGAUCAACCUUCGUAGCCUGCAAUACCUGCCGAGUUAGGAAGACGGGAUGUGAUGGCAACAGGCCAUCUUGUACGAGGUGUAUGAGACGCGGCACACCAUGCACCUACGUCUCUGCUGGCCUUGAGGAGACGCCAGCAAUGGCUAUAAGGAGGGAGAUAGAGACGCUGAAGCAGGAAAAGAGCAAAUUGCAGGAGCUGCUGAAUAUGUUAAGGACAUUGCCAGAACUCAGGUCCUUAUAUUUGCUACAGAAGCUAAGGCUCACAACUGUGGACCUUAAUAGCUUGUUAUCCCAGGAUAGCAGUUCAUUUGACGAGGCGUUGCCGCGGCUGGCUGUAGGCAAGCUCCCAACCCAAGGCAGCAUUGAAUUUCAAUUGAUGAUACGGCAUGCCUUUGCUUACCCUACUCUGUCGCCUCUCGAUGCUUCUGCCCUUGGCCUUACAUCCAGCCUUGCGUCCCACCUCACAGCCAGCGCCGCUUCCAAGAUCCUGCAAGUUAAUAUCUUAUUCAAGACAUACUACUAUAUCCCUGAUUUGAUUUUUGGACUAACUAUUCUGUCCCUCUCGCAAAAAAGAAACCGAAUUAGCCCUCAAGACCCAGUAUUCCUUAUCCCUGAGCCUUCGACUCUAGGAGCACAUCCCCUCGAAGGAAGUUCUCCGUCAAGUUCGGAGAGGUACUACGACUCGCGCCUGAGCCUUUUGAAUAUUAGGUUUUGGAGCAGGAUAAAAAUCACUAAUGACCUUGCAGCCACAUUGCUGUCAUUGUACCUGGAGACUGACCAUAUUACUCUAGGAUUCUUUAACUAUGACCUAUUCCUUACAGACCUUGUCGACCAACGUGUCCGGUAUUGCUCCGAACUUCUUGUUUCUUCAAUCCUAUCUUGGGCAUGUCUAGCCUACUGCAACUUUGAUGCAGAGAUUGUCUCGAUAGGUGACGAGCUCUUCGAUGAACCGGAUAAUCUGUGGCAUCUUGACCAGCCAUCGGAUUCUUUACCGACGAUUGCCGCUGCACAACUUCUGGCUCUCAGAAGUAUGUACAACGGCAGUGGUGAUGGAUAUUCUUACCAAAAACUCGGUAUUGGUAUGGCCCAGCGAAUGGGCCUUUUCGGUCUUGCAAAUUAUAACAUUCCGAUCGAGUAUAUCGAAGAUCCCGAGUCGUGGGAGAAAGCUUCUGCGCGUACAGCCUGGGGAGCAUUCAAUUUGGCCGCAAUGCGUUCGUUCAUGUUUCAAGAGGGAGAACCGGCACUUCUCUUUCCACCGAAUGCUAGUCCUCCUGGGAGUGACGGCUCCUCACAACGCGGCGAACCGCUGUGGGAGGAUGACUCUAAUCGUCAUGCUCAUGCCGACAGCAGCCUGGCAUUUUCUACUGUAUGA